AUGUCUUCUGAAGUACAACGACAUCAACAGCCGGAAAACGUUAGAACCCAUUCAUGGCCCAACGAUGAGCACAACCUCUUCAAACUAUCACAGCUAUCUAGAACCGAUACCGCUCUAAGCCAAGUAUCCCAAACGUCCCAGUCAUCUCAAAAGUCACUGGUUCCAUUGUAUGAAGAUUACGAGCCACAAAUACCUUCACAUCCAAUACGAGAACAGCUGUCUAUACCUUUUAUUACGCAUCAACGCGAAGAGGCCAUCCCGUCUCCUGCAUCGGCUUUCACGACGACUUCGAACGUCAGUCCGCAUAGUGACUGGGCUUCUGAGGAAGGAUCUGAACAUUCUGUACAAGUUGAUGAUGAAAGAAUGUAUGAUGAGGUUGACUUUGCACACAGGCCUCCUCCAUCAUCAGAAAGUGGAAAUGAAGGCCCUGCACCAUCUCAAAGGCGCUUUAUGCGUCAACCACGUCAACGCGUAAUGGAUGCCAACACACUUCAAACUUUGAUUACUGGUCCAGUACAAGCGGCAAAGGAUGCCAACCUGGAUAUAAACACCGUAAUCAGCAUUUUGGAAAACACUGUCCGAAGUGUUUAUGAGGUGGACAAUCAAAUGAGGGUUCAGAAUACCCGAAUGAAUGGCAAUGAUGAAGAAAAGCAACACGGCUAUGACGAUGACUUGGAUGAUGAGCCGGCAGAAGAAGCACCGGAACAGACAAACCGUGGAAGGAAGCGUCGGAUUUCAAAGUCACUCACGAAGCAACACAUAAUCCAAACCGUGUCAAACCAUUCCCUUGCACUCAUGAAGGAUGUCCAAAGGCUUUCGUUAGAUCUGGUGAUCUUCAACGACAUAUGGCAUCCCACAAUGCUGAAGGUGGCCAUGGGACUAGUACCUCCAGAAGACGGGCAAAACCAUAUGAACGAUGGAAUUGAAAAGACUGCACCAAACCAUCAAUAUCAAACAAUAACAAGAUACGAAAUUGAGGACGACAAAACCAUCGUCGCAUAUGGCACAGGUGUACUAUGUGGCAUCUUAUUGUGGCUCAAGGACAAACGCAUUCACGACGAAUACGGAAGCUCUGGUUACAUCGGCGCUGUAGCCAACGAGAAAUGGGGCGGUGAGCAAUACUUUGCUCUCCAAACCUCACCCAAUGGUCUUGGAAUCCAAGUCUCGGUUGCCACUAUGAAGGUCUUCCUUGAGCGGUAUGGAGUCACUGAAGCUCAAAUUGUGACUGUGAUGCGUGCUCUUGAAGAACUUGACGCCCGUCCGGAGCGUAUGCUUAUGGAUUUGGGUACUGGGGGACUCAGAUGGGAAGGCCUGUAUUGCGUGGUGAGACGGAAAGACAAGGCUCCAUUUGGUCCAUCAUUCUUCUGA